UGCUGUUGUGGAACAAACAAUAUGGCCCAAUGUCGAAAGAAGAAAAAUUCCCAAUGCCAUUCCCAGUCAGUCAUGAUGCAAAGUUCAUUCCUGGAAGCAAGUCUGAGUAUAAAUAACAGUGCUUCUUACAAACUCAACCAUCAGACAGACAGAACUCAAAGACCUGACAAGAGUCACCAGAAGAUCAGAAAACAUCUAGUUUCUAUCUGCUGAACAACUAAACCAGCUGUCCUCUCCUAAGAUGAAGACAUUCAGUGUUGCAGUUGCAGUGGCCGUCAUGCUCGCCUUCAUUUGUGUCCAGGAGAGCUCUGCUGUCCCAAUCACUGGGGUACAAGAGCCAGAGGAGCUGAUGAGCAACGACAAUCCAGCUGCUGAACAAGAAGAGAUGACAGAAGAAUGGAAGAUGCCGUUGAACUUCAGGCAGAAACGCAGCAGAGGCAUGAAAUGCACACCUUACUGCUACCCGACUCGAGACGGGGUCAUGUGCGGUGUCCGCUGUGAUUUCUGAAGAUUCCUGCGAGAAGAUGAGAUUUCUACAACACCAACUAAAUUAUGAGUGAUACAAAUUUCUACAAAAGCAAUUUUACCACUUUCAAUUGUACUUGUGGUUGUAAAUAUCUGAGGAUGUUACUGGAUUUGGUCAUGGUGUUAUUUAAUAUUUGCUCAGUGAUGUAACUGCAUCAUUCACACACUGUACAAACACACUAUACUACUGUGUAUUUUCACAAUAAACUUUCAUUUAACUAAUAUACAAUG